AUGUCCAUCCCCGGUUUGGGCCACCUCGUGGCGCCACAACCGACGUCCGCGAACCAAACCCGCACAAUCCGCCUCCAGCCCUUCUGGGAAUGGCGCUUCCAAGUCGCCUUCGACACCCAAAUCACUCUCAAACUCCUCUCCGGCACCGCCGAAAAAGACGGCACCGAGCUCGCCCUUCAGCACAUCUACACCUUUGCCGGCACCAAGUCCAAGAUCCUCACCCUGCAGGGAUGCGAGCUCGAGGUCGAGGGCGUGCUGGCGGACGAGUCCGUCGCAGAGUACGCCAAACCGCAAGACUCCCCCGCCAACUCGGUUCUGAACCUGCACUUCCAGCUCACCGCCAUGCGCCAGCGCGCCGCCGCCGAGAGGAGGGAGGGCCCGCGGAUCGCCGUCUGCGGACCGCCGACGAUGGGCAAGACGAGCCUGACGAGGACGCUGACGAGUUACGCCGCAAGGGUGGGCGCGCAGCCGUUGGUGGUGAAUACGGAUCCCAAGGAGGGGAUGCUGAGCUUGCCGGGCACGUUGAGCGCCAGCGUCGUCGGGUCGCUGUUGGAUGUUGAGGCUGUUGACGGAUGGGGUACGACGCCGACGAGUGGACCGAGUCAGGUGCCGGUGAAGCUGCCGCUGGUGUACUACUACGGCCACGCGAGCUCCGUGGAGGACCCGGCCAAGUACAAGGAGCUCGUGAGUAAGAUGGCGGCGACGGUGACGUCGAGGCUGGGGCAGGAUCCCGAGGUCAAGGGGUCGGGUAUGAUUAUUGAUACGCCGGCCGUGACGGAGACCAACCAGGUUGGCAUGGAGAACUUUGUACACGUUGUGGAGGAGCUUUCGGGUAUGUUUCCUUCUGUUGUGACGCACUCCUCCUUCAACUUCUCUGUUGGUACUAACAGAGUGGCAGUCAACAUCAUUAUUGUGUUGGGCUCAGCGAGUCUCAACGCCGAGAUCUCUACGCGCUUCUCGACGGAAAGGACCAGCCUCGGCGAAAAUUAUAGCAUCCUCCUCUUGGAGAAGUCAGAGGGUGUGGUCGAGCGCGACGUGGGCUACACACAGCAGGCCUGCGAGGCGUCCAUUAAGGAAUACUUCUUCGGUAGCAUCGGCCAGACGUUGAGUCCCGCCACGCAGCAAGUCGACUUUGACAGCCUGGCGAUAUAUAAACUAGGAGAUUACUCCAUGUACGGCGGCGGUGCCGACGAGAGCCUGAUGCGCGUGGACCCCGCACAGCUGAUGGCCCAUUGGACGCUGGCCAUCGUCUACGCCUCAGUCAAGGACUCGCCAGAGACGAUACGGACGGCCAACGUGAUGGGAUACGUGUACAUUGCCGACAUUGACAAGGAGAAGCGCAAGUUGAGGAUCCUGGCGCCGGUGAGUGGUCGGUUGGGGGAUAGGCCGCUGUUGAUGGGCAAGUGGCCGGAGCCAUUUAUCAACCUGUUGGGAUAG